AAGAAAAAAAAAAGGAGAUAAGGAGGGAACUGGCGAAGGAAUUUGUGAGGAACUGAAAGCAGCGGAGGACGGUUGAGGGGGAAAGGGAGGAGCACCGAGCAGGCAGCAAGGUUACACAUGAGAAGUCUGGGGAGGAAUUAAACAAAGCACAGAGAGGCAGAGAGAGGCAGAGAAGGGGAAAGAACAGGUAGAGUUGGUCAGGUUUCAAGCUUGCCGCACGGCUAAUUACCACUUUCUCACUGUGGUGAAAGAAAGCAAACUAAGUGAGAGAGAGAAAAAAAACGGCAAACAGAAAGGGCAGCUGAAGGCAGGAGAGUAGAAAGCAGAAGUAACAAGAAAAAGAGGGAGAGAGACAGCAGUUAAAAAGUCUGGUGCAGGAGAUUAAUUGAGCAAGAGAAACAAAAGCAAAGAAAAGGAAUGAGAGAGAGAGAGACGAGGCUGUGAGGAGUUAGCGGAAAGGAGAGGAAAGUAAGAAAACAAGCAGAUACUCAUUGACAGAGAGCUCUGGACCUAACUCCAUGGAUUACUGACAUCAGCAAAACAAAGGAAGAAGCGCGUCAGAAAAGAGGUCACUGCGGUCCAGCAGCAGUGUAACUUGCCUGUGCCUGUCUACUAUGCAACCAAAACAGCUGGUAUAAACUCCAGACACAGUUCUUAAAAACAGUCCUCUCUGUAACAACACCAUGUUGAUGAAAGAAUACCGCAUAUGUAUGCCACUGACUGUGGAUGAGUACAGGAUUGGGCAGCUGUAUAUGAUCAGUAAGCACAGCUGUGAGCAGAGUGGUGGGGGAGAAGGGGUGGAGGUGGUGAGGAAUGAGUCAGAUAUUCACCAACAGUACGGCCCGGGACAGCUGACCGAGAAGCGAAUCUACCUCAGCAGUAAACUGCCAUCCUGGGCGAAAGCCUUCGUCCCGCGAUCCUUCUACAUUACAGAAAAGGCCUGGAACUUCUACCCAUACACCAUCACAGAGUACUCAGUAUCAUUCCUCCCCAAGUUCAGCAUCCGUAUUGAGACGAGAUUCGAGAACAACAACGGCGAUAACGGGAAUGUGUUUGGGGACACGCCAACCCCAGCGGAGAAUGUCAGUUUUCUGGAUAUCCUGAGUGACCCCAUCCCUGAAAAGCACUACAAAGAGACAGAGGACCUGAGUCGCUGGCAGUCAAGUAAAACUGGUCGAGGGCCUCUGGAGAAAGGCUGGAGAGACGACCACAAGCCCAUUAUGUGCUCCUAUAAGAGGGUGCAGUGCAGCUUUGAGGUGUACGGCUUCCAAACCAGGACUGAGGAGUUCAUACAUAAAGUCAUCCGAGACAUUCUUCUGGUUGGCCACAGGCAAGCAGUAGCGUGGAUAGACGAAUGGCACGGGCUGAGUUUGGAGGAGGUGAGAAAGUACGAACAGGCGAUGCAAGAGAAGACCAACAGCAAAGUCAAAUCCAGCCAGAACAACACAGGUCCACCGCCUGCCUCUCGUCCCGCGUACUCUCGCUCCAUCUCUGUGACAGAUGAGCGUUCCCUGAAGAAGAUGGGAGUGACGACAGUGACCAUGUCUGACCCCUCUGCCUCCUCUUUGCCUCACAGCCCUGUUCGCCUCAAUUCCACCCCAGAAUGAUGCCUCGUGCACAGACACAUGUACAGCGCGCACACACACACACAUACACACACACACACAGGCCAAUGUCAACAUUCACCUUUAGAGUCGUGAUGUUAUUUCUCAAACAGUAACACACACACAUUCAAACAGUUACAUCAGCAUCAACCUAAAUGGAAUAGUUCAGAUCAAUACUUCUACAGAUAAGCUUAGUUAGCAUAAAGACUGGGAACAAUGGGAAAACAGCCCCCCAGUUUUACAGGGUUGAUGUCCUGGGAAAUGUAUUAUUACUACUAAAUUAAAAAUACUAACAAAUUAUCUUUAUAUGUGCUGCUGCAACCGUUAGAGAUCUGAUUUCCUUUGUGCCAAGCUAACUGGCUGCUGUUUACCGUACGGAUAUGAAAGCAGUAUUGGCAGAGAGCGAAUAAGUGUAUGUGCCAAAAUGUCCUUUAACAUUGUUGCAGAAAUAUUUUUAUCCAUGUACAUAAGGUGUCAUAAACCGCUCAAAUGCACAAGAACAUAACAUGAAUCACAACGUGCCUACUCAGACAAUUUCUACUGUAGCCUUCAUGAAUCCUUCCAGUGUAUUCAACAGCCUGUAAACCCGGUGCCAUUUCAGUGCUUUCUCUUAGUUCCUCAGCCACAGUGGUGCUCACGACCACCAGCAGGGCUCUCCGAUUGUUUCCCAGCCCCCGGCCAGCAGCCUACAGACAGAUGCAUAAGGAGUUUAAUAGAGUGGAUCUAAUGAGAGAGCAGAGGAGAACUGGGGAGGCUGUCAAUGCUAUGGAUCUGUUCUCCUCUCCACCUCAGCCAAUAGGUCAGACCAGGUGUAUUGACAGAGGGCAGUGAGGCGUUGUAUUGGUUCCUUGAUCGCUUAGAUGAGAGCUGCAGAUGGGUCAAGCUAGGGAUAAACUUCAAUUACGAGUCAAUGAUGUGAGCGUUUAUAAGAUUAUUAUCUAAAAAAAUUUUAAUGGACGUUUAGAGGAGAAUGGGUUUCCUUUAUCAGGGAUCAAAGAUGAAAUAAUACAGUUUGCCUUUUUUGUAAAGAUAUUCAGUUUUAAUCGAGAAUAAAAAAUGAAUGAAGAGUAAAAAUGUAUAUGAACAUUACACUGUACAGUCUUUUGUAAUGGAUUUAUAUCAAUAAACAAUUUCUUUCGAGUGA